AUGAACGGCGAGGAAAAUGGCGUUACCACGGAGUCAGCUAUCUCCAGGCGGGUGAGUACUCCGAAUUUUUUUACUCGUAUCGUACUUUACUUAGAACCCCAGAAUAAUUAUUUUCGAAUAUAUUUCAGAAGCAAAGUCAGUCUGUUAAAGUGAUAGGGAUUUUUUAAAAUCCCAUUAUUGCACAACUAAUUCUAUGGUACAUCCACAGAAAUGUUGUUAGGCUGCUAUCUGACGGACUGUGCGCACGGCCUCAGGAGUCUCACCCGUCCCGGCUUAGACAGAAGUGCGGUUAAUCUUUGUGUAAACCCUGCUCGAGGGAAGGGAAAUACAACCAGUCUGUAUCCUUGUUUGGAGCUUCAGCUUAUCUGCGCGCUCUCUCAUAUCUACAUGACCACGUAUGCCUUAGUGGACUUUGACAAUCCUAUAGUGACAGGCAUAGAGCUCCCUUUUGCAAAACGAACCUGAUGAACCUGAAUGUUGGUGCUUCAGAUAGGCGAACGGAAGAUUAUCCGUGUUAAAUUUAAGACGUUUGCAUGCAUCACCACUGGCCUCUUGACUUCGGUCAGUCAAAUCUACAAACCCAUAGGGAAAAUUUACUAAAAAAUUGUCAUAGUGCCAGGCUCACUGCCUGAAACUGACCAAACAGACAUCCUUUUUCGGUUUUCCCAAAUUUGGCUGUCAGCGAGCAUGCAUGUCUUGUCAAAACAACUAACAGGUUAGAGUUAAAGGCAAGUCGACACUGAUGCACGUGUUGCCAACGAAAUCGCUGGCCUCCGAAAUGAUCGCAGACGUCUAUUCAAUCAUUCCAGAGGAGCUUUCGCAGCUAUGAUACUGAGGAAACAGGAAAUGUUAAUGUGGAUUUGUUUGGUGUAAAAUUGCUGACAACUGACCGCUCAAGCGGUUCUAAGUUUCUUUCGUCUAGGCAUCAGCAGUCGCCACGAGGGAAGCAGCGAUCUUGACGUAGUGGGAGGAAGUCUAGUUACUUAGGCGGUAAUGUGAGAAGAGGGUAUUUUGGAGUUUGCGCUAGAUUAUUCGAAAGAACACCAUUGUUCUCAUUUCGACAAGGACUUCGAGCUUUCGUCACCCAACCGUGACAGAAUAAAUAAGAGCUAUUGGCGGCAAAGUGAGAGAACCUGCGAUCUUGCUUCGUUUUCUAGUUCUUUAUUAUUGUAGAGCCCUUAAAUUCCAUGACAAACCCGCUUAGAAUUAGGCCUUAUCGCAGGCCUGGACAAUCUAAUUAUACUACUACUAACUUCUCUAUACAACGUUGUUAACUCUUGCAUACUUAAUCAUUUUGGUAAAUGACGGUCAACUCGACGUUGCCAAAAAACAAGUUUCUUGAAAAAACCCGUCGCAGCGACAGACCCUUGAAUUCUUGCCUACACGACCAACCAAAACUACAGAGUGCUGGACAAGGCUGAGUAUCCUACGAGGGUAUAAAGGACUCAGAUUUCAUGGUACAGGCUUUAUAACGAUGUAUUCAGACACCAUUCUGUAUCUUUUGUUGUACAGACAGCCUGUACUUGAAGGUGCGGGCAAGCACCCCCACGUCUGUAGUUGAUUGAUUGGAAUGAGCCAUUUCAACUUUUCCUGAAUCCAGCAUAAUUUGCCUGAAAAAAAAACUCAUAGUACUUUAUGUCCAUUCAUCACAAAUAGGCAGUACUUUAGUAAGAAGGAAUUUGGCUGUUUGCGCUAGUUUUUUUCGAUAGAACACGACUUCUUUCAUUUCGGCAAAAACUUCGAGCCUUCUUCAUUCAAUCUUGAGCGAGAGUGAGAGCAGACCAAGUGGGAGAAUAUGUAAUCUUGCUUCGCUUUCCAGAAAUGGCCAGUUUUGGUCUAGUGGGAACUGUCUGUCAGGCAUAUUCCGACCGCAGAUCUGGGAGAACUACAGUUGGGAGUUCGUGCUGAGCUUCCCAUUGAGCAAGACGCCUUACCAUAUGGGGCGCGCGCGCGCUCGCGUCCUCUUCACUGUGAUUGGUGGAAUUAAACGUCCAUUGGUGACCAAAAGUGUCAUUGGCUGGUGGAAUAAACAUUGAUUUUAUUUUGCAGAGGGUGAUUUGAAGAUACGCUGGCAGUCAAGCGUCAUGGGCUAUGCUUCAGGCCUCAUAAACAUGGAUCGAAUUUCUUUCAGAAUCUUUCAAAUGGAAAAAUAGUUUUUUUAGAUGCGCUUGCAAAACAGACUGAAGGGGACACUUCAUAUGAUAUUAUAUUUCCCUUUGAAUGAUUACAUUUUAAAGGACCCCGAUAAAUAAACCUCAGUGGCGUGUAUUGUGGCAUGAAUUAAAUGUUACCAUUCACUCUCUCCUGAAAUACAUGCUCCAUCCAGGCGUCCACAUUUAUUUAUCCGCCUCCGAAAUGGUACAUUUGACCAGCUUUUUUCUUCAUACUCCUUUUCUUGGGCAUUUGACUGUCUUUUCCGAAAAUGACAUUUUUAAGUGUCUGCUCAAUUUACAUCCUUGACUGAUAGCGGCGUACGACAUAAGGCCGCUAAAAUAAGGAAAACAUAGUAGCUUUAUGUGGCAACCUAUUGGUGAUUUACUUCUAUUGAUAUGGUACAGUAUUUAGUCAUAAGGGCGAAUGGUUAUAUGCCUGUCUGAAAAGACUUGUAAAGCUGAAUCGCUCCUUUCACUAAGUAUCACAUUUAAAGUGAGUUUGACUCCCCAUAAAAUGAGCUUAGGGAAUUAUUUCUAAUGUAACUCCCUAUCCCUAGCGCUUACCCUAAUACUAAAAUCAGCCUUAAUACUCCCGACCUUAGCGUAACAGGCCAGCGUGCCCUACCAAAUUGAAUUGUGCGGUAGAUUGAUUUCCUGCAAGUGGGAGUUUGUGAUAAACAGGGGAGCAAAUAAGAACAGAUUACUUAUGUCAAAAUGCCACCUACAUCAGAAACGUCAUAACCGGUCAUCCAAUCAUGAAGUUUCGCCCUGUUUGCGCUGCAAACGAAUCUGACGCCCACCCGCUUCAGAAGGCGCCUUCUGUCAAGCACCUGACGGCCGCCAUUGAGUGAUCAAGUUAAGAUGUUUGUUUGGCUAGAUUCAACUGUUAGAACUUCUAGCAACAGACCCUUAUUGUGCAUAAGGUUCCGUUUUUCUAAUAUCGGCUACCGCUCUAAACUACUGGAAUAGGACAUAGAAGAUCGUUUGGCCAUCGUAAGCUACGACAUUCAUCGUUACACCAGCACGAGGUGUACUCGGUAGCGGUGACUUGAGCGUGAAUUCGUCUACAUUGAAGUUCACUUGCAUUGCAUCUACCUCACUUUCUCCUCGCGGUCUUACUUUGCCCCUGGGGUGGGUGAGAUUAAUGAUCGACAUGUAAGCUUAGUUGACACCGUUCUAGCUAAACAACUUCUUCUGUGUUCAGAUAUUGGUCAUUGGAAAACUAAAAGCCUUUGAAAAAGGAACGAAAAGAAUUGCUGUUGUCCGAGAUUUGUGCAGGUCAGAUUGUCAACAAGUAAAUGCUGCACUAGUAGUCAGAUAACCAAACAAGUCGUAACAAUUCUUCAGAAGUAGCAAUCAUUGUGGCUCAUCCACCUUUCCAUUUUGUACCGUUUAAACUGUCUUUUUGAGUGGUGACAUCGGUCACGCACAUUGAAUUUAACGCGUUGACUCCUCGCCCAGAGGGGGACUUGUUUGUAAAAUGAAUAGAUAAAGUUGAGCUCGUUCUACGGGUAAGAACUGGAGGAAUACUGGUUGUUCGAAUAAUUAGGGAGUGUCUCCAUCGGAGCUCACAGACGCAGCACCUAACGCUGAAUUGAUAACUCGGCGGUUCGAUUUCGCCUGGAGUGACAGAUAUCCUGCGGCUGUGUGUGUACUGUCCACAGGAAAACCGUACCGGCCAUCUAUGAAGAGGUUCAUUUGGUCAGUGGCAUGUGGCGAAGGAAUUGUUGGGUCUUUAUACUGUUCGCGCUUUUCACGAUGAGACGGGUUGACCACGUGAAUAGGUAUUCCUCCCUCCCCGCAUACUACAGGAGGUUUUACGCUAGAUCCCAAGGGCACCUAUUCCCCCGUCCUAGCUUUAAAAUAAGCCCUCUUAACCCCAACUCUUCGGGGAUUUUGCGCAAGGUUACCUUUAGUACGGAGGACACCUAUUCUUCUGCCCUAUCACAAAAUACUUAGAAAUGGGUGAAAGUUAUCGUGGAGAGAGUGUAUAAAAAUCUUGGUCGUACUAGUCGGCGCCUAUCCGCAAGAAUACGAGAACACCUGCCGGCAUGAUUGACGAGGGGUGACGUUAGGAACAUACAUGGUUGAUUCGAGGCAUCGUGUGGAUCCAAGCGAAGCCUUCUGUGUGAUUAACAUGGUCCCACCUAACCAACCUAAGCGACUAAAUCAGCGCAUACCAGCAACAACAGAGGCAACUGCCAUCAGGCUACAGAGGUCGGUCCUGUGCGCGCAGAACAACCUCUUGCACGCUCCGCGUCUAUCGCGAACCAGGAUUGUUUAAAUGUAUGCAGAUCUCCGCGCCUCCACCUCCUUCCCUCCCCCUUCGGACAUGGCUCAGCCUAACGCUCACAGCCUCCUCUCCCCCUACCCACUUUAUUCACAUACCCCCUUUAUAUGAAAGGACGAAUCAUAGUCGAUUGCACCUAUCACUCGCAUGUUUAAUUUGUGCCUCGUUCCCAUGUACAGGCCCGAUGAAAAUUUGUCGAAAGCACGCGUAAGAUCACCAAAUACUCUUUUGAAAAUCCUUUUUUUGUUGUUGUUUUUUUAGCUCAACAGCAAGUAUGAUCCCGCUGCGGAGCAAGAGGUCGUGCAGUGGAUCAGCCAACUCACCGGGCAAACUGUUGCUACUGGACGCGAAGGGCUGCAGCGCAGCCUGAAAGACGGACAAAUUCUCGUAAGGUUAGUAUGUUCCUCCCGACGCCCCACCACUACGGCCAUUCAUUCUCAGUAGUAUGUUGAUUCGCGGGCGCAGGCGUGCUUGCGCAGUAUGUCUGACUCCGUUCUUCGACGAAUGGACCCAGGGCGUGAACUCUUGGAGGGGAGGUGGGCAUACCUGGUAGGCCCACCCUGUUGAAAGCGCACCGACAUGCGUUUAGCCGGUAUCCAAUGAGCACCUCAUACAGAUAUCGGUCCCUCAAAUGCUGAAAGUCUGUUAAGUGGUCUGCUGCGGUCUUCUCCGACAGUGUUCUCGUUGCACAGCCAACCCGAGGAGUGGCCAGUUAACCCGUAUUUCAAGCCUUCACUCAUGCACUGGCAUGAUGUCCCGUCAGGAGUAUUUUGUCCUGGCCAAAAUCUCGGACGUACGGUUCGCCGAGUUUCAGCCUCUGGCGAGUCUAAUCCCCUGCAUUUGUACCUUGCAACAGCAGCAGCAACACAAAAAUCGGCAAAAAAGCACUCCUAGAUUUUUACCCAGUACCAAUACUUGACAUAAAUUCGUAUAUGCAAAACAUACUACCUACAGUUUGGCGGAUGCUGGCGUUGCGCAGUUGGUCUGCUGAAGUUAUUAGGGCCCAACCCAGAUUCUCGUGCCAACUUAAGGGUCAAACGUGCAAUGCCCCGGCCCGAAAACUUUGUACUUACUUUUUACAUUGAAUUCUGACGCAGUCGAAAAGAUUAUCACCUGUUGUUCUGCUACGCGGAUAUUUGACGACGACUGGACCUUACAAAAAGGGUUAAGUAUGAUGGUGAUUAUGAUGAUGAUGGUGACAGCAACAACAACAGCGGUGAUGAUGAUGAUGAUGAUGAUGAUGGUGGUGGUGGUGGUGGUGGUGGUGGUGGUGGUGAUGAUGAUGAUGAUGAUGAUGAUGAUGAUGAUGAUGAUGAUGAUGAUGAUGAUGAUGAUGAUGAUGAUGAUGAUGAUGAUGAUGAUGAUGAUGAUGAGCGAUGGCGUGUCAUAUAAGGCCUUUCACAGGCAACCGCGAUGAAAGCAAGUCACCUUUUUCCACAUAUGCUCAUCGCAGUCCUGUACUCUUGGGUGAUUUUGUCUUAAAUACGUCCUACUAAGGAGGGAAGAGUUAAUCAAGUUUUAUAUGCUCAGGUUGGUUUCCGUUCACUUUAUAGGUUGGUUGAUGCCGUCUACGAGAGGACACCCAGCCUUCCUCCACAUGCUGCAUCCGUCAGGAGGCCCCUGAAACCAAACACCUCAAACCUACCAUUCAAGCAGGUACUUGAGACAGCACCCAAACUGUUCGUUAAGAAAGGAAGAUCCGUAGCAUUUAACUCUAGAUCUUUCUAUAGGUCCUACUCUACGCAAACGAGAGCUUCUUUUUGUAAUUUUGAGCGGUUUUUGGUGGAUAUUCAAUUAUUUCCCCAACAAUGAUGACAAAUGUGAACGAACUGGGUGCAGGAAGCCUGCUUAUACGCCUAGUACUUUGCGUUUUUAUUCUGACAUUCUACUCAAGGAAACGAACAGACAGUCGACGACAGAUUCUGAGUGUUUGCUAGGCGUUGUUUGGGGGAGAUAGUGAGCACGUUCAUGCGACUGAAUAGUAAAAUCACUUUGAUCGUGGUACAAAACCGAACUAACUUGUUGAUUGUGAGUGCUGACUUGUAUUGCAGCGUUUUUAAAGAAAAUCUCUCUUCUGGAUGAUUUCAACCUAAAAAUGUUUGGCGAGGAUAAAAAGGAUAGUGGGUGUGCCUUCAUUGCACGAAAUGCGCAUUUCGACGUGUUUAUUCGCACUUAGUCUUCCGCGAAAAGCAAAUCUCAUGCAGGUAAAGACACGGGGACUGGACUGGCCAUUUCUGACUUGUUAGACGUCAGAUCUGAAUGACCCGACGGUCGAAUCCAGGCUCCUUGUCCAAUGAACGUUAAGUCCAACGCUGUACUCUUGAGCCACGGGCCCGUUGUUCCGUCGGUUGCGAUCGUGACUAUUCGAGACGCAACUGGACCGGCACGUCCCUUAACGCCGACCAGCCAACGCCUUUUAUCCCAUCGUUAAUAUUCCCCACGAUAACUGACAUGGCAGCUGACCCGAGGCGCAUUUAGUGAGCAUUGAGUGCAAAGUCUAACGACCAAGGAGUUAGGGUCCAAGCCUGAGGUUGGAUAUGGUGGGCUAACUCAUGUAAUGUCAAACAAAAUUUCAAAAUGCAUUCUCAUUUCGAAAAGAUUAAUUAAGUAGGAUUGUAAAACUACUCAUCAUGCAGCAUAAUUCUGUGAUGAUCCAAUUACCCCAGGGUGUCGGAUUUCGAAUGAACUUAUUUUCAACUGCAGGCAAGAACUAUACUCUGCAAAAAUGACUACUUACGUAGCAUGCAAUUUCCUCAUUGAUUUUCGAUGUCCUUGAAAGUUCAAUUAUAUUUCAUGGAAUACAUGCAUACAAAUAUUUAUUCUUUUACUUAUUCGGUAGAAAUUCACAUUUUCUUCCAAUUUUUUACUCGAAAGAUGGUUAUAAUUCGGUUUCAGAAAAGUUUCUAAUUGUGAGAUAUUUUAAUACCGUGAAAUGGCCGUUCAUAAAACGUUAUGUAUCUGCAUUUACCAAUGUGGCUUGUAAAGUUAACAAUAUUGCUCAAAUUCACUGCUCAAUUUUAUGAACCCCAUAUGGUCUCCUAUAAAUAUCGUAGAGAGAUGCAUGGUUUUCCUUACACGGAAAAUAUGCGGCUUGUAGUUUUGAAACCCUGAAUGCAAUUGUAACAGCAGGUCGGGUUCAAAAUUAUUCGGGAACUUGAAACGUUUUUUAAGACCGAGUUAUGCUUUUUUCGAAUAUAAAAUCGGAAGAAGACGUGAUUUUCUACCGAAUUAGUAAACGAAUGAAUAUUCGUUUUCAUGUUUUCCAUGAAAUAUAAUUGAAUUUUUAAGGGCAUCGAAAAUCAAUGAGAAAAUUACAUGCUACGUAAGUAGUCAUUUUUUGCAGAGUAUAGUUCUUGCCUGCAGUUGAAAAUAAGUUCAUUCGAAACCCGAUACCCUGGGGUAAUUGGAUCAUCGCACAAUUAUGCUGCAUGAUGAGUAGUUUUACAAUUCUACUUAAUUAAUCUUUUCGAAACCAGAACGCAUUUUGAAAUUUUGAUUGAAAUUUCAUGAGUUAGCCCACCUACUGUAGUCUACUAAGUCAGCAAUCACCAUCCCAGUCCCCACUGCCUCUGUCAGCAUUCCUUCCCGCAUCAGUAAUGCUCGCUGUUUGACCGCCUGCGAUGGUUCGAGGUUGAACACCAGGGUGCAACUGGACGAGCAUGUCCAGUAACUUGAUCGGCGAACGCCAACCUUCUGACGACAAUAAAUUUUGCACUUUGGUGGCAUAACACGCAGAAAAAACAGAAAACGAGGGUAUCACAUAGCAACCUUAAAAGUUGCAUUACUCGAAACGGAAUUUUUUAGAUUAAACUGCAUGCGCAUGUUUUUCGCGCUGUUUUUUGCCUAAGACAGAAAAAGCCGCCUCCUAGCAGAUGCAUGUGAGAAUGGGAAAAAUACCCAAUUCUCAUACCUCAAAGGCGCGGUUGUUUUUUUUUUAUCAAACAAAAAAUUCACUGAUGUCGUAUAAACUAGGCAUUCUACAUUCUGCUGACAGCAAGCGCUUCCCGUUACGGUAUAUUUAGGAAGCUUUUCUGUUUUGUUACGCAGUAUUUGGCAAUUACACAGUUUCCGCUGGAAAAAUAAGCAUCACUUCCUUUUGUAAGACCUGUAUGCAACACUGUGGCGGUCAAGGAUGUGAGAUCGACUUAAACCACGCACAAUAAGUUCGUUUCGUCUACUGUCAGAAGUCAGGUAGCUGCUAGGACUAGUUUAUUCUGUACACAGGGCAGGUUGCCGUAAGUUGGCGAUUUGCUUGCAACAGAGAAAAGCGUCCGUUCACGGAGAGCGUCAGUCACGGUGUGUGUGUUGUUUAUGCGGGAGUGCGCCUGGGUCAGCAGGAGGGGUGACUGGCUGAGUGUUGGUUGUGUGAUUGGACAAAUUAGGGGAGGAAUAAGGGAUGCAUGCUCACAAGGCCUCACGGGAAUCACGCCAGAGCGUUCGACGCGCGUUAGGCGAUACUAGUUUGUGAGGGCAGCCGGGAGUCACCGCAGCUGGACAGGAGGGGCCCCAGUUCUAGCCGGUGUGGGUGGUCGUGUGUCAGCGGCCUGUCAGUACUUGUCACGGCCAUCGACCGACAAAACGGAACCGGAGAAAAGGGGGGUUGGAGCGGCUGCUACAACACAAUCAAUCAUUGCGUCUGUCCUAGAUUAACACAUUUAUGUGCAUUGAGAACGAGGUAAAUAGUCCAAGACGAAGCCUUUGAUGACUGACGGUGUUAAAUCUCAAUAGCAUGGACAAAUAGCCUCAUACAAUACCCACUGUCCCAGAGAUCGGAUCUUCAUCUUCUUUACAACAAGAACCUGGGAUUCGCAUAUUCGCUUCCAUACUGUUUUCUUUUCUGCCUCCUGAAACUAUUUGCCUCCACUCGCAAGAAAGUAUCGUUUCCCGGGAGCAUGAUCCCUGUCACUGCAGGGCAGAAACUUCUUCUCCCCAAACGCUCGCUGUGGCCUAACGCUUUUAUCCCUUUUUCGCGGCAGAUGGAAAACAUCCAGAUUUUCCUGGACGCAGCGGAAGCCUACGGUGUUCCGAAGACGAGCCUUUUCCAGACUGUUGACCUGUACGAGUCGCGCAACAUGUCGCAGGUCAUAAAUACCAUCAUGCAACUGGGAACGGAGGUAUACAAGUUUUUGAUAAUGUCAUUGUUGUCACUAUGUGAAACCUAAACUCUAACGUCUAAAUAUGCUUCAAGUAGGAAUAAACACGUAGGCAAGGUUGAAAUACUGAUUAGCCUACAAGGCACAAUUCUGGCUUUCGGCAGAUAAUCGCUGCGGACACUAUUGAGGAACUGAACGCUCGGAAUAAACAUGCCGCAUUCUCCUAUAAAUGUUUUCGAGAGGGGCUACUCAGGCCUUUCUGAGGCCAUUUAGGAGAUUAUUUUCCCUGAAAAUCUAGUGCACCGACGGGCAAAAUACUGUGACCCUUAAACCAAUAAUAGGUUGCGCCCAGUUUAAAGCCCGGUACGUCCCCCCCCCCCACCUUGUUCUGAGACGUUAGGACUAUACAGUGUGUCAUUAGUCUAAACUAGCUGUACAUCAAACAUAGUUUUCUUCUGGAUCCAGCUAGGAACAACCCGAGACCUUCAUGCCCAUAGCCCACAAAACCCCUGCCAUUGAACGGAAAUACCUGGCUGGGAAAUCUGUAAUUCCUAGGUAUUUCGCAACUUCAGGGUCAAAAUGAUUUCUAUUUGAUUCCUUCGAAGGUUGUGACAAGGCCCCUAUCUCAGAAACUUGUGUUUUUGCUCAUUCUUCUACAAAAACACCUCCUGCAGCUCACAAUGCCUACUUGUUAAGCAAACUCACUAGCUCUGUUUAGCGUAGGUAAGACUCGGACUCGUUAGAUAACCCUAAAAAUGUCAUUCUCACGCAACUUAAUGAAGAAAAGGUCCCCGGUACCAAGGGUAAGGCCAACUGAUAGUAGAUAAGGUAAUGAUCCAGUCCAGGGGGUUUUCUGACCAGCGAAACACCAAGUUAUUGCCAUUCUUUUGGCGUGGGCAUGUUUCCCGUAUAGUCCACGAUAUCUAAACAGUUCUGCCUGCAAACUACUUUCCGUAAUUUGCUUUCGGAGGACUUUGGCGGACGAUGCCUUUAUCUAUAAACCUAGCUAUUGACUUCGCCUUCCGGCUCCGUACUAGCAGAUUCCCCUCAGAUUGACAAAACUGAUAAGGUUCUGUUGCUAAGAUAUUAGAUAUAGAAAACAAAAAUGUACGCAUUCUUUCAGGCACACAUAAGUUAAUUUAUCAGACAACUGAAAGCCCGUUAAGAAAAUUGUCGUUUUUUAUUUUUCUGAAGUAAGACUUACACGAAUGCCUGGGUAACCUCUCUGCAAAUUGAUAACAAACUCCUCUAUAACGCAGCUUGUGAAUAUCUCCCAUAGUAAUCGGGAUUGUGAUUCCUACCUUCUGUAGUAUUUAUUCCCACUCAAGGGCCUACUCAGAAAUUUCAGUCAAUGUUUCAUAAAGUGCCUCAUCUAAAGUAAGUGGGCGUAAGAAGAACUCAGAGGCUCAACGGGAAAUCAAAAAACCUUACUGCAUUUCAGUGUCAAAGAAAUGGAUUCCAGGGCCCAACGUGCGGCCCACGACCGACUCAGAAGCAAACCCGUCAGUGGACCGCCGAACAGCUACGAGCCGGUCACGGUGUCAUCGGUCUCCAGGCCGGAACUAACAAACUAGCUUCCCAGAAGGGCAUGAGCUUCGGGGCAAUGCGCCACUGCGCCGACACGAAGGUGGAGGAAAUGUCUCCGUCUGGUUAGCUGAAUCUUAAUCUGUUGUCUCAUUUCAAUGCCUCGGCACACAUGAAGAUGACAUGUUUAAGAACCAGGAAAGGAUAUAUCAAGUCCUGGCAACCCUUGCUGUGUGCCUUUCGCUCCAGAGACAAAUCACAAUCCAGGUUUACACAUGCUGUUGUCCCUUUUGAGUAGCAUUCACCAACCCAUCAUGCUCGGUGAAUUGAAUGGGCAUUUCGAUUUUCCUUUGGAACUCCGGUCCUAUUAAAUUCUUAGGUGGUUUCUCGACGAUUAAGGACAAGUGAGGAGGAAAUGGCAUCGAUCAAGCAACAGGAAUUGCAGUGACCGAUUCUGGAUUAUGCCCUAUCACCAGUCAGGUAGAUGGGCAGUUUAGGUCUGAAUACAGAGUAAUUGGUAGCCAAGCGUGUUGGAGUCAAACGUCCUCGCAUUCGGACUUAACCUGCGCGAAUGAAGUUAGGAUACGUUUAACCGAUACAUCUCCUGAAGCUUGUAUAAGCCUUCCGCCCUUGUUACAUCUGUCGAAUUAGGAAUCGCAUUAUCAGGUCUCCCCACGAAACCUACGCGCACACAGUCCCGAGGACAGGCAACCGCAAGCGUUAACAAACCAGUACCCAAUCAAUCUAGAAAAUUUCUUGUGAUAUACACGCUUAGUCAUUCGCGCUCACAUCAGAUUUCUUGGAGAUGCCGGAGCAUUCCUCCAGCCGGUUGUGCAUAGAGAUCUUCCACCGCCACGGGGCAUCUGCACAUAAUAUGUGCCUCCCACCGGAUUGUCAGGAGACGCGAAUGUGCCCUAGACAUUGACGAAUUCUUCGAAUUGGCCGGGACUGACCGUCUGCGUGGUCAUCUCUUUAAACUACUGAGGAUGCUGGCCCAUACGUACAUCCGACGGAACGCCUUCUCGAUGAAGGGCAUUGGGGCAUGGAACGGACUUCCUGAUUCGGUGGUUCUUCCCGAAACUGUUAAAACCUUUAAGAGCAGACUACACGCUUAUUUCCUGAGAAACUACUGUGCAUAUAAUCGCGCUUGUGUUAGCAGCGGCAGUUUGUGCCUGCUCGGAACUACCGUUAACUUUUGGAUUUCCCGAUUUACUGAUGUAAUAGUUGAUACUAUUGCCGUUUGUCGAUAUGGAUAGGGAGCUCAAGGGCGAAAGCCUCGUCUUCUUAAUAAACUGACUUACUUAUUUCCUUCGCCUUCUCUUUCUAAACGGGACCAUUCCUGAACAAUCUGACCUUUGAGGUACAUCUAUUAUUCUAUCCGCAACACUGAUUGCAAAAACAGACCAUAACGUGCCUUUCCAGUUCCCCUUAUUUUUGACACUACUUCCCAUAUAGCGCUGCUUUUACUGCCCUCCUUGCCACAGCUUAAUUAACUACUAUUUUGAAUCCCAUAGGAGCUGGAAUUUGCAGCCUCCAAAUGGGCACCAACAAGUUUGCCUCACAAAAGGGCAUGGCGAUGGGGAGCGUCCGUCACGUGGCCGACAUCCGUUGUGACGAUAUAACAAAGGAAGGCCAGUCGAUAAUCACUCUGCAGAUGGGCACCAACCAGUGCGCUUCGCAGAAGGUAACGUAAUAGUUUUAUAAACACAACUUGAUAGUUUGCCUCUAAACACUGCCUCAUGUAACUUGCCAAGGAUUUAUCGAGUAAUAAUGAGGGACGCAUGGAUAAGAAACAAAAAUUUUUGGUAGACACUGAAUGGGGCUGCAUUAUACAACGGCGUAACUUACAAUGUCCAAGUAAUAAAUCUCAGGCGAUUCGCCCAGGUGACCACAAGACUGGCCGAAACCAAGUUGACAAUUACAACGCACAAUUACUGGCGAUGAAAGGAACAGAAAAAAGGAGAAAAAUAGUAGAAGUGGUUGAAUAACGGUUUUUAUAUUGACUGACGAAGUGCAGAGCAAACCCUAUGACAGCCAAAUGACUGGGCCAAUCGAAUGUUCAGCUUAUUCCGGAGACCAUCUACGGUAAAAGAGUCAGUAACAGCGACUAACACCACAGACACAAUGUCUAGAAAGUACCAGACAAAUAAACACUACAAAGUAUGUUGAGUGCAGGUCGUAAAAAUUCCACACUAUUCUAAUACGGAAUUCGGAGAUGACAAGCCGAACGGGUUUUUAGGUGGCCUUAUUAGCGACGUUAGGCUAACCCCCCCCCCCCCCGGUGAUAAAAGCAAACUUUUAUUGCAGAGAAAUAGGUGAGGGGAUUUGGACUGUCUAUCUUCGAAAAAGAACAAGGUCUUCUUUCGGGCCCCUCUAAAGUCCCUUUUAGGCCGUAUUCCCUAUGCUCACCAGACCCUGAUGGCAUAUUACAUGUGCGAUCUGAAAAAUGUUCCGAAGACCAGGAAAAAUGUGGUUCUGACGAUGACGUGCGAUAUGGAAAUUUUGCUUUUUGGCAAUUUCAAACCAUAAGUUGAUUCUAUUCGUGAGAUUUAUAUCAGUAAACUGAGAUCAAUUCAACAUGUUGAACUCUGGAGCUAUCUUCCCGAGAAAGUGGGCUCUUCCUCCUAGGGAUCUCGUUGACUUUCCUAGGUGGCGUAAGGUAGUUUUACAUACCUCAGGCCAUAGAUCAUAACCGCUUUAUCAUUCCUUUUGUAAAUAUGCGCCAGUCUGCAGGCUAUUUUAUUGACAACGCUUCAGAUGGCCUCCGAAAAUUUUAUUUCACCCGCAAACGUUGUUUCGUAGAUUACCUGUCAUGCGCAGUUGCACACGUUUAUAGAAGUGAAGUAGAUUUUAACAGUAAAGUCUGAGGGACCUGGUUGUCGACUGUCGCAAGAUCAGAGUUUUCUAUCCAUGAAUUUUGCCCUGGAUUAUCGUCAUUUUAAGCGUAUGCGGUAGUCGACAAUGUGGCUGAGGGUCGAAGGUUCAAUAAGCGUUCAUGAUGACGACAUAGAUUGUGCAUCUAUCCCAAAGUUCUCGAAGAAGAUUACAGCAACUUUAUGUGUGUCACCUAAUUUCUGGGAGCAGUUUGGCAGAAGAUUUUGGAUUUCUGAUCAUUGCACAAAACUGCUCUUUGCGGUCUCGUCCAUGACUUUUCAGAGAAACCAUAUCACCUGUGAGCUGUCGCCGAUGCCGACAACCCCUCUUGCAAAAUAUCCAAGUGUUUGCAGACUUCCAAAAUAUCCCAGUAAGAAAUCUGAUGUGAAAGGACGUGAAAAAACAUAUGGAAACCUCAUUGGCAAGUGCCUCAAACCAUGACAUAAUUUUUGUCGGAAGAGAGGUGGCCAUUCGUCAUACUGCUAGCAAUAAUCACUGAUAUAUCCUCCAGGGAAUGUAGAGCGACAUUUUAGCCGAACGACGGCGAGGUUAAAUUAAGUAACGCUGACUGACUGUGUACAUAAUGCUGACCAAGCAUAUUAAUGAUAUUCAGAAGCGACUAAAUAGAUUGUGUUUCUGUAGGAACUUGGAUAUCUGUGAACCCUUAAAAAAUUUCCUCCUUUGAAAUUUUGGUGGGAAGAGGGAAAAUCAACUCUUCGCCGGAAUAACUAUGAUAUAGAUUAAGAUGAUUUGCGAGUUGUGUCUUAAUGAAAUCGGUACGACGAAUGCGAUCCAGAAAAUUACUUUUCACAAAUAAUUAAAGUAUUGUCAUUCUAAGCACCACGUUUUAAGAUGUAUGGAGUACGUACGUCUGUGAAAGGAGCUGAAUCCAAUGAACAGCUUAUCGUAUCAUCUACAGAUGUAUAGAAUGACUGCAGCCAUCAGGAAACACGAUGGCAAUACCAAAAUACCUUGGCUUAUGCGGUUACUGAAUAUGAAACCAGGCCCUACACCUUUGUUUCCUUAAGCAACCUGGUAAUGCUUAUUUUUAGGGCAUGGUAAUGGGCGGCGCCAGGCAUGCUGCGGACAUCCGCUGUGACGAUAUGUCCAAAGAGGGUCAGGGUAUCAUCACUCUUCAAUACGGCACGAACAAGUUAGCUAGCCAGGCUGGCAUGCGUGGAAUGGGUGCGCAUCGCCACAUUGCCGAUAUUCGAUGCGACCAGAUGACGCCCGAGGGUUCGGCCACACUUGGUUUACAGAUGGGGCCCGGGAUGAAUCAGGUUGCGAACCAAUCAGGCAUCUCAUUUGGUGCCCUUCGCCAUGUCAAUGACUCCUAUUAA